AUGCAGACCAAGGGGCUCCUGCUGGCCGCCCAGUUCGUGGUGCUCGGCGCCGCCGCGUACGGCCACAACGCCUACGUGCCCAGACAGGACGGCGAGAUUGUGUCGUCCAACUGGCACAACUUUACCAAUACUUCGACAACGUCGACAACCUCGUCCACGACGACCACGACGACCACCACAACCACCACCACCACCACCACUUCCUCCUCGUCCUCCAAGACGACGAGCUCAACGACGCUCUUGACCACGCUGACAACCACCCUGUCCACCACGGACAAGGAAUCAACCACCGAGGAUCCCUCCAGCAGCAGCAGCAGCUUCAAGUCUCUCUCGACGACAAACUCCACCACCACGCCGUCGACCACUCUCACCACCGCCACGGGCAGCAGCCGCAUCAACAGCACCACCACCGGUCCCAGCACCACCCGGCACAACACCACCACGACCGACUACCGCAUCCCGCUGCCGACGAGCCUCUUGUCGUCCAGCGCAGCCAAUGCCACCGCCUUGCGCAACCAGACGACGACGACCAAACCGGCGAUCCUCCCCACGAGCAGCUCCCUCUUCAACAGCACCAGCAGCAGCCUCAACACCACCACCACGGCCACCAACACCACCACCUCGUCGAGCACGCGGUGCGGCGUCGUCGGCAGCUUCGUGACGCCGCCGAGCCACGCGACCAAGGCCGACAGCAUCGACGAGUGCGCCGCCGCAUGCCGCGCGCGCGGGCCGCUCUGCCGCGCCUUUGAAGCCGGCACCGUCGACGGCGACGGCAACAACUGCUGGCUGUUUGACCAGGGCCUGUCCGAGAUGGAGCUGGGCGGCGCGCCCGACGGCUUCAGCUGGACCUUUUACGACCGCGACUGCGACGUCACCGCCCGCUGCGACCUCCAGGGCAGCUUCAUCACCCGCCCCAUUGACAGCCUCCGCCUCGCCACCCUCGGCGACUGCCAGGCCGCCUGCAAGGCAAACGCCGCCUGCAAGACCUUUGAGGCCGGCUCGCUCGACGGCAACGCCCACAACUGCUGGCUCUUUGACAUCCCCGUCACCUCCCUCAACAUGGGCGGCGCCUACACCGGCUGGCAGUGGUCCUUUUUCGACCGCGACUGCGUGCUUGCCCCGUAG